CUGUCCGCUAAUUUGUAAAGCACACGAAAACUAAUAUGGCACCCUGAUGCGCUAAAUUAUCGACAUUGUGUAAUGUCAUUAACGGAGAUUUUCGGUGCCUGCCAAGAGCCGGUAAGGUAAUGGCGCGAGGACGGCAUCCCGAGCUCUUCCACCCCGCAUCCAGGAUACACGAGAUGGGUUCGGCGGUCAGGUUGAGUAGAGCCGUGCUGCUGAGCGUUCUGGUGUGCAUGGCGCGGCAGGCAUCGGCCCGGAGCCUCCGCACGGCAGACCAGGUAUCUGAGGUCGACAUUCAACGCCUCUUACACGGCGUCAUGGAGCAGCUGGGUAUCGCUCCGCACAGGGUCGACUACCCCGCUCACCAGGCCACCAACAUCGUGGGUCCCCAGAGUAGCCAGGCUGCAGAUGGUUGUGUGGAGAACGUCCCGGACACAGCAAAGUUAAGCAGAGAGUUCCAGAAGCAUCAGCACCUGUUCAACCCAGAACAUGACUACCCUGCUCUGGCUACGUGGAGUGUCAAUAACCCCUACCUGAUGGGUCAGAGGCUGGGCAGCGUUGUGGCCAAGAAGUCUGUUCCCUACUACCCAGAAGAGGAGGAAGACUAUAGAACAUCCACCUAAACACAUACUGCUGUUCUAACAUUACUGCCCCAACAUGUUCUCGUCACAUAUCUCAAACUAAAGUAUAUUAAAAAUGUCAUCACAAGUAUUGGGAGUGUUCUCUAAGUGUUAUUUUUUCACCAUGAUGUCAUUUGUUGAACUACGUAGCCUACUAACAAUGUUAGAUACAGUAACAGAGAGGUAUAUUGAUAUGCACAACUUGUGUAAGAAAUUAUAUAUCAUUAUACUCUGCUGUUUUCAAUCAAUAAUUGAUCUAUCAAAAUUAUUGUUACUCAGUUUGAGUUAUUUUUGUGCCUGUGGUUCACUGUCAUACAAUUAAGUAAUAUUAGAAGGGCCUAUGAAGCUGAAAUGUGUCUGUUUUUAUCAAACCAAAAUAUGCUGUUGAUAUUUGAUACAAUAUUUAAUCAAGUUGCUAUUGUUUUGCUUUUUUGGCUCAAGCCAUAACUAAGUCUCUUGCUGUGUUUUUUCUAAUCAUUUUGUGUUAAUAUAAAACAAAUGAUUUCCUCUGCAAGUU